UUAUAGUCACAUUAUUGGCCACCCCAAUAUCCAUAGUCCAUCCAAUACCAAACCUAAGGCAAUAUUAGAGACCUCAGACCUUUAACACAGCAACACUAUUUUGUUCAGGAAAAAAAAAAUGGCUGAACCAUCCAACUUUCUGGCUGAAAAAAGAUAUGCAGUGGUAACAGGAGCAAACAAAGGAAUAGGGCUAGAAAUAUGCAGACAGCUUGCUUCCCAAGGAGUUGUUGUACUUCUAACAUCAAGAGAUGGAAAGAAAGGAUUAGAAGCCCUUAAUGAUCUCAUUAAAUCCGAAAUAAGCGCCGAUAAUCUUCUUUAUCAUCAGCUUGAUGUUACUGAUACCAUGAGUAUUGCUACUCUUACUGGUUUCAUCAAUUCCAAAUUUGGCAAGCUUGAUAUACUGGUGAACAAUGCUGGGACUAAUGGAAUUAAGGCUGACUUUGAUGCUUUAAAAGCAGCAGGUUUUGGCACUCCAGGAGCAAAGUUCAAUUAUGCUGAGAUGAUGACACAGACAUAUGAACUCGCAAAAGAUUGCUUAGAAACAAACUACUAUGGAGUAAAGAGAACCACUGAAGCUUUGCUUCCUCUCCUCGAGUUAUCGGACUCACCAAGGAUCGUCAAUGUUUCCUCUGCUAUGGGGAAGUUAAAGAAUAUACCAAAUGAGAGAAUCAAAGGAGUCUUAGGUGAUGCUGAUAACCUUACAGAAGAACAAGUAGACGAUCUUCUGAACGAGUUACUGAGAGACUUUAAAGAUGGUACAUUCAAAGAGAAGGGCUGGCCUUCUACAAUGGCAGCCUAUAUAGUGUCAAAGGCGGCUUUGAACGCAUAUACAAGAAUAUUGGCUAAGAAAUACCCGUCAAUCAUUAUCAACUGUGUUUGUCCUGGCUUUGUUAAGACAGAUAUCAACGGAAACUUGGGACAUUUAACAGUUGAAGAAGGCGGUGCAAGUCCGGUGAGAUUAGCAUUGGUGCCUCAUGGUUCGCCUUCUGGUCUUUUCUUUGUAAGAAAUGAAGUUUCUUCAUAUGAAUCAAAUUAUUGGCCCCCCAAUAUCCAUCAAAUACCAAACAUAAGGCAGAAUAAAACUCAAUAUAAAGAGACCCAACACAGCAACACUAAUCCUGUUCAGGGGAAAAAAAUGGCUGAACCAUUCAACUUUCUUGCUGAAAAAAGAUAUGCAGUGGUAACAGGAGCAAACAAAGGAAUAGGGCUAGAAAUAUGCAAACAGCUUGCUUCCCGAGUUGUUGUACUUCUAACAUCAAGAGAUGGAAAGAAAGGUUUGGAAGCCCUUAAUGAUCUCAUUAAAUCCGGAAUUAGCGCCGAUAAUCUUCUUUUUCAUCAGCUUGAUGUUACUGAUGCCAUGAGUAUUGCUACUCUUACUGGUUUCAUCAACUCCAAAUUUGGCAAGCUUGAUAUACUGGUGAACAAUGCUGGGACUAGUGGAUUUAAGGCUGACUUUGAUGCUUUAAAAGCAGCAGGUUUUGGAACAGUAAGUAUUCUCUGAGCAAGUACUGUUUCUUUGUUUAAUAACCCCUGUUUCCAGUGAAAGAGCAAAUCUUGGAACUGAUCAUCUUAAACCAACUUAUUGUGAAACACGGAGUAACUAAGGGUAACCCUUAAAUUAGAAGUAAUCUCUAAAGUGAUAGUUCAUUCAAAGAGAAGGGCUGGCCUUCUUUUAUGACAGCCUAUAUACUGUCAAAGGCAGCUUUGAAUGCAUAUACACAAUUAUUGGCCAAGAAAUACCCGUCAAUCAUCAUCAACUGCGUUUUCCCUGGCUAUGUUAGUACAGAUAUCAAUGGAAACACGGGAUAUUUAACAGUUGAAGAAGGGGGCGCGAGUCCAGUGAGAUUAGCAUUGCUUCCCCAUGGUUCACCUUCUGGUCUUUUCUUUUUAAGAAAUGAAGUUUCUUCAUAUGAAUAAAAGGAAUUACAUAUUCAUAACUGAUUUCUGAUGAAAUGGUUGUUAGUUUGUUACCACUGGAAUUCUACAAAAAUGAAUGUAAACCAUAACAAAUGUAUGCAUAUUUAAUAUUUUACA